AUGUUCAUUACUGGGCCCUCCCACAAGUACUCCUCCUGCGACCUCGCCGCGCACACCUCCCUCAAGCCUAGAGAGGGCCAGCAGACCCAAGAGGAGUUACAGAAGCGGAACCUCAGGGAGGAACUUGAGGAACGUGAGCGCAAGCACUACUCUUCCAAGGACAAGUCCUAUGCUGAAGAGAGAGACCGGCGGAAAAGUUCAAGCCAGCUGCUCUUAGAAGGUUCAAAGAGAGAUGCUGAGGAUAAGAUAGUUCCACGAGAAAUCGAUGCAGAUGAUUCUGAUGUGGAGCCUAAAAGUGACGGCGAAAGUGAUGAAGACGACGAUGACGACGAUGACGACGAUGACGACACGGAAGCACUAAUGGCAGAGCUUGAGAGGAUUAAGAAAGAAAGAGCUGAGGAGAAGCUUAGAAAGGAGCGCCAACAAGCAGAAGAGGAGGCGAAGAUGAAGGAGGCUGAACUGAUGCGGGGAAACCCUUUGAUCAAUAUCAACAAUCCUGGCUCCUUCAGCGUUAAGAGAAGGUGGGAUGAUGAUGUGGUAUUCAAGAACCAGGCAAGCGGAGAAACUAAGACUCCAAAACGGUUCAUUAACGACACCAUCAGAAGUGAUUUCCACCGCAAAUUUCUGCAGAGGUACAUGAAGUGAGGCUUGUGCUGUGUAUGGUUGAACACGUCCCUGCCGUGGUAUGUCAGGGCCUUGUUUCGCGGCUCAUCGUCUUGUAAUAGAUGUUUGUGUUUGAGCGUGGGACCAUUGUGCUGUAUGAAAUAACGAGCUUUUUUUACUAUGCUUGGAAAUACUUCCUAACGCUUUAUAAUACCUCCCAA